AUGGAGUGGGACAAGGCCUCCGCCGCGGCGGCGGCGGCGGCGGUGGCCGGCGAGCCGGCGGAGGAGAGGGGCGAGGCGCUGGGGUACGUCAAGGUGAUGACGGACGAGCAGAUGGAGGUGCUCCGGAAGCAGAUCUCCAUCUACGCCACCAUCUGCGAGCAGCUCGUCGAGAUGCACCGCGCCCUCACCGCGCACCAGGACUCCAUUGCAGGUAUGAGGCUUGGUAAUCUGUACUGUGAUCCUCUAAUGGUUCACGGAGGCCACAAGAUCACAGCGAGGCAGCGAUGGACACCGACCCAGAUGCAGCUGCAGAUCCUCGAGAGCAUUUUUGACCAAGGAAAUGGAACACCAAGCAAGCAAAAGAUAAAGGAUAUCACAGCCGAGCUCUCGCAGCACGGACAGAUUUCAGAGACCAAUGUCUACAACUGGUUCCAGAACAGACGUGCACGCUCGAAGCGGAAGCAGGCAGCCUCUUCUCUACCAAGUAACACCGAAUCGGAGGCCGAGGGAGACGAGGAUUCCCCGACCGACAAGAAGCCUAGAUCAGACGGGUCACAGCAGCAGGGCAUGGCUGUGAGAGCUCACAACCCCGAGAGGAUCUCGGAGAUGCACCGUCACUUUGACGCAGCAGAGCGUGAGCAGGUCCGCGGUCCGAUGUAUGGGUCCAGCAAUGACAAUGGCCCGAGACCGUCGGGCGGUCUGGGCCAGAUGUCCUUCUACGAGAACGUUAUGUCGAAUCCAAGUAUGUUCAGGAAACACCAUUUCUUCAGUAGACAGUAUAAAGUAUUCUGGAUCAAGAUAGCCCUGCCAAAAUUGCAUGGAACAUCAGUAAUUAGAUCAUAG